AUGGGGAGAAAAAUUGCAACUAUACCUGAAAAUUGCCGACCAAGAUAUGGCAAUACCGUGAAGGCUAGAAUAGAAAUUGAUCUUAUGAAGCCAUUACAUCGUGGAGGAUGGUGGAAAAUUGCUAAUGAAGGAGAGGAAUGGAUUAGCCUCACUUCAGCUGAGUACGAAGAGACACUGAAUAAUGAAGCUGACGUUGCUGAAAGUGUUGAUGAUGAAAGAGGAUACAUCCAUUUUUCACUUUACUAUAAUAUCUUCCUUAAUAGUGUGCAUAGAAAUCAGCUAAGAAUGAAAAUAAUAGCCUGGAACUAUAAUGGUUUUGUUAAGAAAAAUGCUAUAAGUUACAUGCUUGAUAUAAACAAAAUGUUAAGCCCAGACAUUGUUUUCCUUCAAGAAACAAAAAUCAAAUCUAGUAAAAUCUUACAGCAUGUUAGAACCUUAAAUUUUCCCAACCAAUUCUUUGUCACUUCUAUAGGAAGAAGUAGAGGAUUGUGCCUCUUGUGGAAAGAUGGAUUCAAUCUAGAUAUUAUUUAUAGUGAUAACAACAUGUUACAUUGUCUUUUUCAUAGUGAUCCUGCUAAACCCAAAUGGGUAUUAUCCUGUGUCUAUGGCUCUCCAUAUCCUCAGCGGAGAAAACAUCAGUGGAAUCUCCUAAAAGAUAUUAGCUCUCAUUUUGAUGUCUUGACUCCUUGGAUAAUGUUGGUAGAUUUAAAUAUAACUCUGCAUGAAGAUGAAAGAUAUAAUAACUCCGGGUCUAGCUCUUUUUACUCGACUGUUAGUCAGAUAAUUCAGGAUAUGGGUCUCAGUGACUUAGGUUAUCAUGGUAACCCUUUUACCUGGACAAAUAACUCCCAUGGUACUGGUAAAAUUCGCUCUAGACUUGAUAGAGCUUUAAAGAACUCUGAUUGGUUACUGCACUUUCAUGAUUCAUGUCUGAAACAUUUACCUUUCUUGGUUUCUGAUCAUUGCCCUGUAUUGUUAGAUGUUUUCCCUAAUAAUGUUAACAGUGUAAGAAACUGGAAGUUUUUUGAAUGCUGGUUAAGAGAUAAAACUUGUAAAGACCAAAUCAGCAAAGCUUGGACUAAACAAUUUCGAGUAUCUCCGGGUUAUAUCUUGGACAACAAACUCUCAGAAACAAGAAGAGAUUUAUCGAAAUGGAACAUAGAAGUUUUUGGUAACAUACAAGGGAACCUCAAAGUUCUGCAACAACAACUCAGCGAUCUCCAGCAACCAUCUGCAAAUGGUAUUGACAACACAACUUUAUUUGAAAAAGUGGAAAAGGACAUAGAAGAAUGGCAUAAGCGAGAAGAGGUAUUCUACAGGAAAAAGUCAAGAGAUGUUUUCUUUCAUGAGGUGUAG